GCCAAGGCCCCUGGGAUACGGUCACGCAGAUGCAGGCAGCCGGCAGUGGAAGAUGCCCUCGGCUGGAGCGCAGCGGCAGCAAAUAAAAAUGGUUAUCCGGCGCUCACAUGCGCCACCACCUAUCCCUAUCUUCCCUCCCUGCACCCGCAACCAAACCCGUGCCGCGCCGUGCCGUGAUCCUUCCUCCGAGGCGCCCCCUCCAAUGGCAGGCGCCAUCCUCUUCACAUGACCUCACCGUCACACACUUCGAGCUGCUGACUGUGAGCCGGUGAGCCCCUAGGCCGAGAAGCUGCCGUCCUCUGAUCCCCUGCUGCACAUGCGUCUCUCUGCUAGUUCUUGACCCUUGUCUUCCUCCUCCUCUCCCGGCCUCACAUGCUCGAAUGGCGACAAUGGCAGCGCGUCUUCUUCCCCGGUCGUCCUCGUCCAAGCGCCAGCAAUUCAGCUUUGCUGUCCUCCUCCUCUUCUUCCAGACCUUGUGCUGCCACGCAGCGGCUGUGGGUAACAGCCAGCAGGAGGGCGACCGGGUGCGGUUCCUCCCCGGGCAGCCGCCGCGCCCGCCGGUGUCGCAGUUCGCCGGGUACGUCACCGUGAACGAGCGCAACGGGAGGGCGCUCUUCUACUGGUUCUUCGAGGCCCACGCGUCGCCGGCGAAAAAGCCUCUCCUGCUCUGGCUCAAUGGAGGACCUGGUUGCUCGUCAGUUGGGUAUGGAGCUGCUUCUGAGUUGGGGCCUCUCAGGGUCACCAGCUACGGUGCAGAGCUUAAGUUCAACAAGUUUGCAUGGAACAGAGAGGCCAACUUGCUCUUCUUGGAGUCUCCAGUUGGGGUCGGCUUCUCCUACACCAACACAUCCUCUGACCUGACCAAACUGGAUGACGCCUUCGUAGCUGAGGAUGCAUACAACUUCCUGGUAAAUUGGUUCAAGAGGUUUCCACAGUACAAGGGCCGUGAAUUUUAUAUCUCUGGAGAGAGCUAUGCAGGUCACUAUGUUCCACAACUUGCUGAACUUGUCCAUGAUAGGAACAAAGACAAGGACAGCCCAUAUAUCAACCUUAAAGGUUUCAUGGUUGGUAAUCCACUAACUGAUGAUUACUGCGACUCAAAGGGGCUAGCUGAAUAUGCUUGGAGCCACGCAGUAGUGUCAGACGAAAUUUACGAGCGCAUCAAGAAGGUGUGUGACUUCAGACUUUCAAACUGGUCUGAUGAUUGUGAUAAAGCCAUGAGCACUGUGUUCAGCCAAUACCACGAGAUCGACAUUUACAACAUCUAUGCACCCAGAUGCAAUCUUCCUCAGUCAUCAGCAGUACUUGCUGUUGAUCGAGCACUUACAGCUAACGAUCAGGAACAUUUCAGGCGUAGGAUUAGGAUGUUCUCAGGAUAUGACCCAUGCUAUUCCUCAUAUGCGGAGAGGUACUUCAAUAAGGAAGAUGUGCAGAGAGCAUUCCAUGCAAAUGUCAGUGGAACUCGAAAAUGGCAAGUUUGCAGUGACUCAAUUUUAAGGUCAUACAAUUUUUCGGUACUUUCCAUCUUACCCAUCUACUCUAAGCUCAUCAAAGCCGGAUUGAGAGUCUGGCUUUACAGUGGAGAUGCAGAUGGUAGGGUCCCAGUGAUAGGAUCACGGUAUUGUGUGGAAGCCCUGGGCCUGCCUAUCAAGACAAAGUGGCAACCUUGGUACCUGAACAAACAGGUUGCGGGAAGAUUUGUGGAGUACCAUGGUAUGACAAUGGUGACAAUCAGAGGAGCUGGCCAUUUGGUGCCCCUCAACAAACCAGAAGAAGGGCUCGCGCUUAUUGACACGUUCCUCCUGGGCAAACAGCUUCCCACACACAGAUGACAAGAAUGUCUAGGGUUGCGAUGAGGGCUAUUUUUUUUCAAAAAACAAUUGUCAAGGAUUGGAACAUAAGUGCAGAAGUGGAGAACAAUGAAACAUGUUUGUAAGAAGGGCUAAUUUUCAUUGGGGGCUGAUUAUUCCUAUUGAAUAUGAAUCUUCUAGUCA